UACAGUAGUAGUAGGUAAGUAAACUCGAGUGAGCGAGCGUCCGUAGGUACGUGGUAUUUUAAUAGAAAAUUUUUGUUAUACUUUUGUGCAGUAAUAUAUAAAAUAUUUUUGUAUAAUUAAGUAUUCUCUAUCACCCAAAAAUGUCAUCAAUUGAAAGUGAAUCUAAAUCUCAAUUCCCCAACGACUUUGACACUGAUACAUGCUCAAGAAAAAAACCUAAAUAUGACAAUGGAGAUGCGCCCCCUAUAAUACCGCAAGAAAAUGAUGAUGGGGUUGCAACCCCACAUGUACCUCCGAAAAAUUCAGAACACAGUUCAGUGGUGGCAGCACAUUAUAAUCACUUGGAAGAAAAGGGUUUGAAAGAAAGAUUUAAUUCUCCUAUAUUUUAUGUAAGAAAUUUCAAUAACUGGGUUAAAAGUGUAUUAAUUCAGGAAUACACUGACAAAAUUAGAGAAAAAGAUUAUGGGAGACAAUUGAAAAUACUUGAUAUAUGCUGUGGAAAAGGGGGAGAUCUCAGCAAAUGGCAAAAGGCUCGUGUUGAAAAAGUUAUAUUUGCCGAUAUUGCUGCAGUUUCAGUUCAGCAAUGCCAAACACGCUAUGAAGACCUCAAAAAGAGAUGUGGUCGAUUAUAUUCUGCAGAGUUUAUUGCAGCAGACUGUACUAAAGAAACCUUAAGAGACAAAUUUGAAGAUCCAUCAAUAAAUUUUGACCUUGUCAGCUGCCAGUUUGGCUUACAUUAUAGUUUUGAGAGCUUAGCUCAAGCUCGGAGAAUGUUGACAAAUAUAUCAGAAUGUUUAAAGCCAGAUGGUUAUUUCUUUGGCACAAUACCUGAUGCUCAUGAAAUAGUAUCAAGGGUUAAAAAGUCACCAAAUGGGAUUUUUGAAAAUCGUAUUUUAAAAAUAAAAUUGCUUUUUGACAUUGCAAAUGGAUAUCCAUUAUUUGGAGCAAAAUAUGAUUUCCACCUAGAAGGAGUUGUUGAUUGUCCAGAGUUCUUAGUAAAUUUUGAUUUGCUCACUAAAUUGGCAUCUGAGUAUGGCCUAGAGUUAGUUUAUAAAGCUAGAUUUGCUGAUUUCUAUAAAGAUCAUUCAGAGAACUACAAGCAAUUGUUACAACGAAUUAUUUGCUUAGAGAGCUAUCCUGCUCCACCAGGCAAGGAAUUGAUUGGUGCAGAGGCUGAAUAUGAACACGCACAUGCUUUUUGGGAGAGUAUGGAAAAGAGAUCUGAGCGUGACAGAAUUGGUACAAUGAGCAAAUGUGAAUGGGAAGUUGCUACAAUUUACAUGGCAUUUGCAUUCAAGAAACAAAAAUCUUACAGAGAUUCAAAUGGCAAACUGGUGUAUAAAAUGUCAUCUAAAGAGAAUCAAUAAACUAUGAAGAUGUGUCUUAUUGAAUUUUGUGAUAUACUGGUUAAACAAGUAAAUUUGAAUAAAUUGUGAAAUUAUAUUUUA